AUGAUGAUUGCGGAGGAAAACCCCAUCGAUUACGGAGAACAGGCCAACACCGAUGCCGUCCAACUGAGAGUAUAUAACCUCGUGUUACCCAUCGGUACUAUAAUGGAUGCGGCAGAGAAACGGUACAAAAAACAGGGCCUGACUGUACCCAUCAAAUUGUAUGAUGACGUUAAGGAGUUUGCGAUGACAACUAUUCCCUGGAUUUUUGAACAGUUCAAAGCCGUAACCAAUGAGAGUGUUAGAGAGCGAGUGACCGCACAAUUUGUCGGUGAAGUUCACGGAUUUAAUUACCUGAGCAAACGGUUGGACAAAAUCCGUUUGAGCACACCGUUGAAUAUUACAGGGUCGUCCGAGAACCUGCUUGGUAGAAUUAAAGCGCUGGAAGGUUUUAUGCAUUUUUCAUUGGACGAUGAGAUUGCAAAUGCUAGUCAUCCCGUUUGGACAGCAUUUCAUUCCAGGAUAAAGGAAUUUAUGACUGCUGAAUUCCCGAAAUUGUACAAGGCCAUUGAUAAAAUACCAUUUGAAGAGGCUAAACAGGCCAACCUUCAAGUCCUGAUCCAGGAUCUCUCACACGCCGUGAUCCCACCUUUAUAA